CACACUCCCUCCAUAGUUCUAAUAGCUCUAGUAGAAGUUAACAAGUAUAGUGUUAGUGUGAGCAAAGUAGUAAAGAGAAACAAUGGCUUCAACACAAUGUUUCUUGCACCAACAUGCACUUACUACUCCAACAAGAGCCUCAUCACAACGCCAAGUAGUGUGCACAAAGCCAAACCAGGUUGUAUGCAAAGCUCAGAAGCAAUCACAUGAUGAUGCUUCUGUCUCAGUGUCUCGUAGGUUGGCUCUAACUGUUCUCAUUGGUGCUGCUGCUGUUGCAUCUAAGGUCUCUCCUGCUGAUGCUGCCUAUGGAGAAGCUGCCAAUGUGUUUGGAAAGCCGAAGACAAACACCGACUUCCUAGCAUACGCCGGAGAUGGAUUCAAAGUAUCAAUUCCUUCAAAGUGGAAUCCGAGCAAAGAGGUCGAGUACCCCGGUCAGAUACUUAGAUAUGAAGACAACUUUGAUUCAACCAGCAAUUUGGUUGUCACAGUUACUCCAACUGAUAAGAAAUCCAUCACUGAUUAUGGUUCCCCUGAGGAGUUCCUUUCUCAGGUUGAUUACUUGCUUGGGAAGCAAGCUUUCUUUGGGGAAACUCAGGCUGAGGGUGGUUUCGACGCGAAUGUUGUAGCCACGGCUAACAUCUUAGAGAGUGCAACACCAGUGAUUGAUGGUAAACAAUACUAUGUUCUAUCUGUCUUGACAAGGACUGCCGAUGGAGACGAAGGCGGCAAGCACCAGCUGAUCAGGGCAACUGUUAAAGACGGAAAAUUAUACAUCUGCAAGGCUCAAGCCGGAGACAAGAGGUGGUUCAAGGGAGCUAGAAGAUUCGUUGAGGACUCGGCGAGUUCCUUCAGUGUUGCUUAAGAACUUGGUAGAGAGGGCUAUAAAUGCUUAAUGCUUAAUGCUAAAUGCUGUAUGUAAAUCCAACUUAUUAAAGUGUUAUGUAUGUUUUUUUGUUGUUGAACUCUCCUUUUUUUGUCCCCAAGCUUCAGUAUUUGAGGGAUUUGGUUCAAGUAUAUGGAAGCUUAAUCUUAAUCUCAUUAAGCAUUUUAGUUUCAAUAA